AUGUUAAGGGAACUACUCAUAUCUUCGCCUCUAUUGAUAGCGGGUGUUUUUGCAUUCUACUACUUCCAUAAUUCCAAUGGUAUAUCUGCAGAGCAGGCGCCUGUGACAUCGCGGAAUCGUCCCACUGAGGAGGAGCAAGACGAGCUUGUCAGAAGAUUGAUGAAUGAUAUAGAACAUGAGCAAGACCUUUUAGAUGGCGAAUAUGAUGAAGAAGAUAUUUACGAGAGUGAUGAAGAAGGAGCUGGAUUAGCUAAUGAAUACGAUGAAGGUGGAUUUGACGCAACUGAACUACCGGAAGAAUUUCGCAGGCGAAUUAAUCCAACGCCUGCCCAAUUAGCAGCUGAAAAUGCCGCUGCAGCUGGAUCUUCCACCAGUGCUUCAUCCUCACGCCGGAAUCGUACUGUUGGUGCUAAGAAAUCGAAAUCUUUGGCGAGGAAAGACCGUAUAAGGGCAUACAAUGAAUACGUUCGACAAGAGGCUGAAGCUGAAAGAUUACGCCAACAAGAAUUUAAUGAAGCACAUGCUGAUCUCAUUGCCGAAGCAAAGCGUGAGAGAGAGCAACGAGAAGCUUCUGCUGAAGCCCAGAUCCAGAAACGACGUGCUGAAAAACGGGAGAGAGAAGAACAUGAAAAAUUAGAGCUGGCAAAAUUGAAAGAGAGUCUCCGACAUACCUUGACUUCAGUAGGGUCUGUAAAGCUUCAAAACGAUGCAGAAAGAGAAGUUGCAAAAGAAAUUGAAGAGGGAAUUGUUGUAGCUAAUGGAGAUUGGUUGGUAAUGAUUAAUGAAAAAAUGCUUAGCAAUAUCGCCGCUACCAUAAAAGCUUCUGGUAGAGUCUCUUUUGCCGAUCUAACUUCUUCCAUUUAA